AUUUAUGCCCCUUCUGACUAAGCUCAACGGCUCCGUGUGAAAGAAAAUGAAAGCGGUGCCAAGCGGGAUAGAACCGCCUGGCCACCGGGUCUGACCCCUCCGGAAUCAGAGCAUCGUCCUGCAGCUGAAAGAAAGAAAGAAAUAGCAAUAGGAAAGAGAGUGGAGGAAAAUCCCUCCGUAAAAGUUUAAGGCAAGAAGUGGCAGCAGCAGCGGCGGCGCGAGGAGGCGCGGAGAGCCGGCGCGCGGGGACCGGCUGGCGACACCUCCGAGGGCUGCGAUCGCGUUAUCCACACCGCCGCGUUUUGGAGGGAGAGGCACCUUUCCCAUCCGCGCUUCCUCUCCGCCCACCCUCCUCCCUCCCCCUCAUCUACCUGUCAAAGUCACUGAUCUUUUGCAUUUCGGAAGAGGACGUCAACAGGAAGGAAUUCCCCCUCUGGGCGCGGGCUCCAAGAGGGGGCGACGCGCAGGAGGCGCCCCGGGCCACCAGGCGAAGGGUAUUGGUGCCAGAAAAACAGAAUGAUUGAUGGGAAACAGACAUCAGGCAAUAAGACACUCGUCUUUUUGCUUCAGCUACUGAUAUCUCUGCACGUCUGAACAGUCCUUGUAAACUGGGAACGUGAAGAUCACUCAGGGUUAUCGGAUGUACAAUGAGAGAGCCUUCACUUUGAUGAACUACCUGCUCCUGGACAUCUUUAACAAAAAACAAACUAGACCUGAGUCUAAUAGAUAUGUUCUAGGAUGAAAAACAAGCUGCAAGUAGUUGAUGCUAACACUCAAGUAUGUUAGGCUUCCACCAAAGUCAUCUGUAUUCCUGAGUAUGCACAAUAUCUAAAUCCUUCACACUGGUUUUGGAAUCUUUUUGAAAUCUCAUCGUCUCUCUCUUUUUUAAGUAUACAGACCUACCUACAUAAACAGACGCACAUAUGUAUAUGUAAAAUAGACACAGAUUACAGAUAAGCCACGAAGACAACAAAGAAUUUAGAGAUGUAUUUAUCAAGAUUCCUGUCCAUUCAUGCCCUUUGGGUUACAGUGUCCUCAGUGAUGCAGCCCUACCCUUUGGUGUGGGGACACUAUGAUGUGUGCAAAACUCAGAUUUACACAGAAGAAGGGAAAGUAUGGGAUUACAUGGCCUGUCAGCCAGAAUCCACGGACAUGACCAAAUAUCUGAAAGUGAAAUUGGAUCCUCCGGAUAUUACCUGUGGAGACCCUCCUGAGUCAUUCUGUGCAAUGGGCAACCCCUACAUGUGCAAUAAUGAGUGUGACGCAAGUACCCCUGAGCUGGCACACCCCCCUGAGCUGAUGUUUGAUUUUGAAGGAAGACAUCCCUCCACGUUUUGGCAGUCUGCUACUUGGAAGGAAUACCCCAAGCCUCUCCAGGUUAACAUCACUCUAUCUUGGAGCAAAACGAUUGAGCUCACAGACAACAUAGUUAUUACUUUUGAAUCGGGGCGUCCAGACCAAAUGAUCCUGGAGAAAUCUCUUGAUUAUGGACGAACAUGGCAGCCCUAUCAGUAUUAUGCCACAGAUUGCUUAGAUGCUUUUCACAUGGAUCCGAAAUCUGUGAAGGAUUUAUCACAGCACACAGUCUUAGAAAUCAUUUGUACAGAAGAGUAUUCCACGGGGUAUACAACAAAUAGCAAAAUAAUUCACUUUGAAAUCAAAGACAGGUUUGCAUUUUUUGCUGGACCUCGGCUACGGAAUAUGGCUUCUCUCUACGGCCAGCUGGAUACAACCAAGAAACUCAGAGAUUUCUUUACUGUCACAGACCUGAGGAUAAGGCUGUUGAGACCAGCUGUUGGGGAGAUAUUUGUAGACGAGCUUCACUUGGCACGCUAUUUUUACGCAAUCUCAGACAUAAAGGUGCGAGGAAGGUGCAAGUGUAACCUCCAUGCCACUGUGUGUGUGUAUGACAACAGCAAACUGACAUGUGAAUGUGAGCACAACACUACAGGUCCAGACUGUGGGAAAUGCAAGAAGAACUAUCAGGGCCGACCUUGGAGUCCAGGCUCAUAUCUUCCCAUCCCCAAAGGCACUGCAAAUACCUGUAUUCCCAGUAUUUCCAGUAUUGGUAAUUCUCCAAAGUUUAAUAGGAUAUGGCCGAAUAUUUCUUCCCUUGAGGUUUCUAACCCAAAACAAGUUGCUCCCAAAUUAGCUUUGUCAACAGUUUCUUCUGUUCAAGUUGCAAACCACAAGAGAGACUGUGAAUGCUUCGGCCACUCCAAUCGAUGCAGUUAUAUCGAUCUGCUAAAUACAGUCAUUUGCGUGAGCUGUAAACACAACACUAGAGGGCAGCACUGUGAGUUAUGCAGGCUGGGCUACUUCAGAAAUGCUUCUGCACAGCUGGACGAUGAGAAUGUAUGCAUAGAGUGUUAUUGUAACCCUUUGGGCUCAAUCCAUGAUCGUUGUAAUGGCUCAGGAUUUUGUGAGUGUAAAACUGGAACAACAGGGCCUAAGUGUGAUGAAUGUCUGCCAGGAAAUUCCUGGCACUACGGCUGUCAACCGAAUGUCUGCGACAACGAGCUCCUGCAUUGCCAGAACGGAGGGACGUGCCACAACAAUUUGCGCUGCCUGUGCCCUGCCGCUUACACUGGCAUCUUCUGUGAGAAGCUGCGGUGCGAGGAGGCGGGCAGCUGUGGCUCCGACUCGGGCCAGGCGGCGCCCCCGCAGUGCUCCCCGGCCCUGCUGCUGCUGACUGCGCUGCUGGGGACAGCCAGCCCCUUGGCCUUUUAGGAGUCGCAUCCAGCCAUCUGACAGGCCUGUGCCCUGGGGAAGCAAACACAACGGGAGCAUUUACAUCUAACAUAGAAAACACACCCACACCCACUCCAACACAGUGUACAAACUCAAAAGGCCUAACUGAACUAAGCCAUAUUUAUCAGACGUGGACAACACAUCGGAGUCAAGACUGUUAAUUUCUGUCUACAGAGGAGUUGGCAGCUGUUGAUAUUAUCAUUGCAAACCACAUUGCCAGCUGAGGAGCUUUUCCUGAAUUGGAAAGGCUGUGACAGCCCCCCCAACAGGAAAGAUGGAAACAAACAAUCAACCAACCUAAAAACAUUUGCUACUCUAAUGUGAUGCACCCUAGCACAGCUCUGCCCAGUGUCUGGACCAACCAACAAGAAGCAUUCUUUGCUGUCAGGUGCAUUGUGGGUAUAAGGAAACCUGUUUAAAAGCUGCCAUAUUGGCCUGCUUCAGUCCCUGAAUCCCUUCUGACCUGUGCUUUAGUGAACGUUGCUCUGUAACCCCUGUUGGUUGAAAGAUUUCUUUGUCUGAUGUUAGUGAUGCACAUGUGUAAAAGCCCCUCCCCAAAGCGCAAGCCAGUCAUAAUACCCCUGUAUAUCUUAGCAGCACUGAGUCACCAGUGUGUGCUCACGCCCACUGUACAAGAGUGGUAUAGGAGAAAAGAAAGUGUAUCUAUCCUUUUGUAUUCAAAUGAAGUUAUUUUUCUUGAAAUACUGUAAUACGUAGAUUUUUUGUAUUAUUGCCAAUUUGUGUUACCAGACAAUCUGUUAACGUAUCUAAUUCAAAUCAGCAAAGACUGAUAUUUAAUUUUGUCCUCUUUUGUUCUGUUUUGUUUAUUGUGCAGAGAUUUCUCUGUAAGGGCAACGACCAUGCUGGCAUCAAAGAAAUAUCAGUUUACAUAUAUAACAAGUGUAAUAAGAUUCCACCAAAGGACAUUCUAAAUGUUUUCUUGUUGCUUUAACACUGGAAGAUUUAAAGAAUAAAAAUUCCUGCAUAAACAAUUUCAGGAAUUUGUAUUGCAAUUUCUUAAGAUGAAAGAAGCAGCCACCAAGCAGUUUCACACUCACUUUACUGAUUUCUGUGUGGACUGAACAUGUUCAACUGAUGAAUUUAGUUCCCAGGAAGAUGGAUUCAUGACCGCUAGCUUGGACAAUUUCUACAAAAUAUGAGACUAUUUCCACUUUGGAAAAAUAUGUAACAGAAAAAAGAAAAAAGAAAGAAAGAAAAAAAAGAAAGAAAGAAAGAAAGAAAGAAAGAAAGAAAGAAAGAAAGAAAGAAAGAAAGAAAGAAAGAAAGAAAGAAAGAAAGAAAGAAAGAAAGAAAGAAAGAAAGAAAGAAAUAUAAGUGAUUGCCAAGAUUAUGCCAAAGCCUGUUGGCAAAGUACUAAGAGACUUAUUUUUGAGUCAUGCUAUUUUCACAGAAUGAUGGUGAUCAUGUGGCUCUAGGGAUGCUAAUCUAUGUAUCUUUUCAAAUACAGUGUUUACAUGGAGGAUCAUAAGAGGCCACCUGGGGAACCAGGACAGUAACAGGGAAAUUGAAUGAUUAGCAAUUUGACUUUGAAUAUAUUCCGCCUAAGUAUUUAAGUGAAAUAUCAAAGUAUACAGCAGCAGGUAGACAUAACUGCUGUUCCUGAGAAUAAAGUUUGUUUUAAGUACUGCCCAA